AUGAUCUCUUAUGUGCUUGCUGCCAUCACCGAUAGCACUCACGAUAUAAAGAAGCCCGAGAACAUUGCCCUCCUCGCCAUCUCCGCCGUGCUGAUCGGCGGAUUCAUUGCUUGGCUUCACCACAUUUGCAUCAGCGUCUUCAUAGUAUGGGGCGCCUGCAACGCAACCGAGCAGCUGAGCUCCUUUUACCUGCAGUACGCCCAGCGACUCUCCGCAAUCGACAUCUCGGUGCGCUUCCUGCCGGCGCCCAUCGGGGGAGUACUGGCCAACAUUGUUACCGGUCUCGUCGUGCACCGGGUCAGGGCAGACCUGUCGAUCCUCAUCGCCGUCGCCCUCGCGUGCCUGUCACCGCUGCUGAUGGCGAUCGCCGACCCCGCGUGGUCCUAUUGGAUCUGCGUGUUCUGGGCCAUGUUCAUGAACGCUAUUGGCGCCGACACGUUGUUCACAAUCUCUAAUUUGCUGAUCACAUCGCUGUUUCCGGCGAGGAAGCAGGCCGUGGCCGGAGGUGUGUAUAACACCAUCGCUCAAAUCGGCAAAAGCGUAGGGCUGGCUUCGUCGGGCGCCGUAGCGAGUGCCGUGUCCGCCCGGUCGAGCUUGGCCGAAAAGGAGAGCCCAAUAGCGCUGUUGGAGGGUUAUCGGGCGGCUUUCUGGUACUGCUUCACGCUGCACGGCGUAACCUUGUUUGUAACGGUUUGGGGACUCAGAAAGAUCGACAAAGUAGGUCUCAAGAAGGAGUGA